AUGAUUUCGCAAGUCGAUGCGUACACGAGGCCACUGCGAGCGAGAGUAUAUCGGGCAAAGAGAAUACGACACAAGAGUGAGGGUCACGUGACCGAGACCGUCUGUGCUCGUGAGACUACCACCGACGAUGAUGAGAAGCAGACGACACUUCUGGCGCCUUGGGCCUGUAUGGCAGAGCCAUCACAAUUCACCGGAACCAUACCGAAACAAAAUAUCAAAAAGAAAGUGCAGUUCGAACCCCACCCAUUCGAAAAUAGCCCAAGAAAAAAGGAGCGAAUGAUACUGCAGAAAAAGAGAGACGAAGAACGACGAGCAUUAUUGCAGAAAUUCCCUAACAUCGAAGCAGAGCGUACUCUCUUCAUCCAACCACAAGUGAUACCUCGAGCACCAAAACCGAAACAGACGUACAGCGACGAAGAUUUCAUCUUCCCAACACCAAACGACGACAGCAAAGACCCCAACACCGAUCCCAUUUUUCCAACCUACCCCACCUACACAAAAAUCACCCUCACCCACUAA